GCGGACUCGGCGCGCGUUCUGCCACGAUCGACGCGCAUUCGCGAAAAGCAAGUCAAUUACAAUUUUUGCAAUGACAUAUUUACAAUAGUGAGGAAUGUGACCGGACAGUGAAAAAAAAAUGUAAACAAACUCCUUCGGACGCAACUGUAAAAAACUUGAAGUGAUUAGAAAAAAAAAUGAGUUCCAAUUCCGAAUAAGGAUUUAAAAUGUUCGAAGCAAAAGAGUUCGUUCCGAAUUUGAAAUACAGUGUUGCCAAGGUAAAAAUUGAAGAUGGACUUGACUACUCGGCGGGAUAUACUGGAUGGAACAGCUGUUCCGGGAGAGACUAUACUGAAUGGGGAACAGGUGUGUCGGGAACUAGUGAACGGAACGGAGGGGCCGUGUGACGUCACGGGGGCCACGGAGGCGCCGAGGAAGACAAGCUCGUUCAGCAUCAGAAACCUGGUGGGAGGAGAGGACUCUGAGAGGUCGGCCGACGGCUCCGCGAAUGCGAACGAUGAAUAUUAUCAAGACCAGUACCAAAAGUACAACCCCACCAUGGGGGUCUCGGAAGCGCCUAAAGACGACUCCCCCCGGACGACCCCCGAGCUGUCCAGGACCGACCAGUCCCCUGCCUCAGAGCGACCUCCCCCAGGGUCGGCAGACAGCGAUGAUGCAGACGAGUUCGCCCCCAAGAGGAAGCAGAGGCGAUAUAGGACCACCUUCACCAGUUUCCAGCUCGAGGAGUUGGAGAAGGCCUUCUCGAGGACACAUUAUCCUGAUGUGUUUACUAGAGAAGAACUCGCAAUGAAGAUCGGACUUACGGAAGCUAGAAUACAGGUGUGGUUCCAAAACCGUCGAGCGAAGUGGCGCAAGCAAGAGAAGGUGGGCCCCCAAGCGCAUCCCUACAACCCCUACCUAGCCGCGAGUGGGGGCGCCCCCCCUCCGUCGGUCGUCGCGUCCAUGCCCAACCCCUUCUCACAGCUGGGCUUCGGGUUCAGGAAGCCGUUCGACACUAAUGCCUUGGCGUCUUUUAGAUACGCCGGCGGUCCAGUGCUGGGCGCCCAAUACCUCGGAGCGCCUCUACCCCGCCCGCCUCUCUUCAGCGCCCCCCUCUACACCAGCUCACCCCCCUUCCACUCCCUCCUAGCGGGCCUGGCCGCCCCCCCUCGGCAGUCCCCCGACCCCCCUCCAGUUUCACCCCCUAUAUCACCCGGCAGCGAGUCCCCUCCAAACGCUCCAGAAGUUGAAAGAAGAAGCUCCAGUAUUGCUGCCUUGAGAAUGGCGGCAAGGGAACACGAGCUCAGGCUGGAGAUCCUUAGGCAGAGACACCACACAGACUUGAUUAGUUGAGCUCCACCACAGACCACAAGGAAUUCACUCGUUGGCGGGAACAAGCGUGGCGUUUGACAUUUGCGUCAGUGUUGCCCUGUAAGAUAAUAAUAGUAAAUAGUAGAUUUUAUAUUACACAACUUGGUAGGAUUUCUAAUGUGCAUUAAUUGGAAGGGGUAAAAACAUAAAUAAAUCGAACUCGGCAUAAAAUUACGUAGAGUGCCUUAUUAAAUAUUGUAAUUAGAUUGAAUAUGUAUGGAGAUAUUGUAGUGAUAUGAUAUUUUAUUUUUAAGUGCAUUUGAAAUCUUACUAGGUUUAAGAUAAGGUUUAGUUUUCCCUGAUCCGUCCAGUUACAGACCUUAUUGUUAUUUAUUGUAGCUUUAAGCGGUAUUCUUAUUUUUGUUAAGCUUAUGUAUUAAGGUGAUAAUAAUUAUGAUUAAAUUAUGUACUUAUUAUAAUACUACUGUUUUGUGCCUCCGGCGUGCCUUUCCUAUACGUUAUACAUAUCUACUAUACAUACAAUGAAUAAUGUAUUAUGUAGUUGAUAAAAUCUAUUGAUUCCUACGGAUAUUUAGGAAUUGAUAAUUUAAAUUCCGGCAAAUGUACCUAAUAGUUUUAAUUUCGUUACAUUGACUUUAUUAUUAUUUAUUAAUGACCCAAGUUAGAAGCUUCUGCAUUUUUCAAUAAAUUUUUUGCAACAUUCGAUUUCAAAUUAAUGUUUUUGAACAUGGGAUUCCUUUAAGUAAAACAAAAAACUAUUUUCAAAAGAUAUUCUUGUUUAAAUUUUAAGUAAAUAAGUAUGUACGGUUUUACACAAAUUCAUUUAUAUGUAUUUGAAUUAUAAAAGUGCAAUAAUAAAAAAUAGUUACACAUUUGUUAUGAUGACCUUAAGGGUGAUUUUGUCUACAAAUACCUGCUGUUCAUGAUUUAAUACCAUCAUUAUUAUUUUUACAACCAAAUUUGAAUAUACUUCUAUUUAUUAAUUAGCCUGAAAGCAGGUAUGGUUUUCUAUGCAUACCUACCUAUCUUAUUUAUUUCAUAAUUAUAAGUACAGGGUGUGUGACACAUAAUAAUUAUCGUCACUAAUCCGAUCUUAAUUUAUGUACCAUUACUCUCUUCACAGAGAAGUCGUCUCCUCACACAGAUUUUCUUGUUUCAAUUCUCAAUGAACAUAAUUACGAUGUCACUUAGCUAACAAUACGUCUUAUAGUAUCAUUGUAAUAAGAAUAACUUUGUAACAAAAAUUGUACUUAAUCUGAUCUUAUGACAUGUACUAUCGGCAAAAGUGUUAACUACCCAUUGCCGGUCAUGUCGUCUCGUUCUAUCGCAAAGACUAACCAUUUGAUGAGAGCGAGAGCAAAAACGGAAAUGGAUAGUUAACAGUGUGGCCGUGUGUACGUACAUGUUACUUUAUUGUUUUAAUAUCAUUAUUAGAAAAAAGAAAAUCUUUCCUAUUUUCUUUUCCAGUUAAAAAUUCCAUUGUUAUUACAUAUUUGGGAAACAGUAUCACUGUUUAAGUUUAUGCUCUAUCUUUUACACCCUGUAUAAAGAAAAUUGGUCAUAUAUUUUAUGUAUAUCACGCCAAAGAAUCAAUAUGUAAACUUGGUCGCAUAUACUUCAUAUCUAUGUAUUUGAAACUACAUGAACAUUAUUAGAAAAUUAAGCUCCUGUUUCACAAAUAUCUGAAUGAAAUGAUUGUUUCGUAUCAAAAUAAACAAGUUAAUUGAA